UAGUAAGAUAAGUUAUAAAUAAAAAAAGAAGUUGUGAUAAAAUUUAAAACUUGCAAAAUAUAAAACAAUGUUUUUAAAAUGGAUUUGAAUUAUUCAAAAUAUACGUAAAAUAUACGUAUAAUUAUGGAUCCAACCAGUUCAAAUGAUGUUGAAUAUGAUCUAUAUCAUCAGGAUGUGUCGCCAGUAUUGUCAACGGACGAAACAUCAACUUUUGAUAUUGAAAGUCCCGGUACUGUGAAGACAAAUGUCGAGGUGGCGGUUCCGGUGGUUUAUCCAGGUGAGGAGCCGACGUUGAAACCGGCGCAUUCUACGGAGCUGAUGACGGAAGCCAUCAGUUUCGUAGAACCGGACCCAUAUGAGCCGGUUGAUACUCCAACUUGUGAAGUUGAAAUGCCCGGUCUCGAGUCGGACAAUAUUGAGGUGGCGAAGUCGGCGGUGUGCCCCGCAGAAGAAGAGACGUUGUCACUGGCGCAUUCCACGGAGCUGAUGACGACGGAAGUCAUCAGUUUCGUGGAAGCGGAAACCAAUGCGCCGGUCGAUACUCAACUUAUGAAAUUGAAAUUCCUGGUCCCGAGUCGGACAAUAUUGAGGUGGCGAAGUCGGCGGUGUGCCCCGCAGAAGAAGAGACGUUGUCACUGGCGCAUUCCACGGAGCUGA